CUGAGGUGGGUUUUUGCUCAGGAGGCUGAAACACCUUAUCGUUGUCGUCCACCGUUUGUGGGUCUGCUUGGCUUUUUGUCGUUGCGGUCGAUAUUUUCUUGGUAUUCUAAAGGGCACCUGUGUCGUGGAUAGAACACUCAUGAAUCAGAGUGUUCUUGUGGUGUAGGAUCGUUUGGCUGGCAGGCGUAGAAUCUGACUGAUGCUUACAGAUAAAAUAAGCCAUGGAGAAGGAGAAGAAGUUCCUCACAGUCGCACCCUUUGAAUGCGCUUGGCGUGAGGAUCUCAAGUUCCGUGAAGCAGGGAGAGGCUGUGUAACUUUUGAGGCCUUUGCUCACAACGAUGUGACCAUAGUUUUCCGUGAGAAUGUUGGGAGUCAGCACUACCAUUAUAAGAUGGAUAACUGCCCUCACUAUACUGUGAUCUUAGGAAGUCACCGGAACAGGCGAUUGAAGAUCGAGGUAGAUGGGAAGACAGUGGUUGAUGAGGCGGGACUCGGGCUCUGUUGCUCUUCGGCCUUCCAGAGCUACUGGAUCAGCAUCUAUGAUGGGUUGAUUAGUGUCGGGAAAGGAAGGUACCCUUUUCAGAAUCUUGUCUUCCAGUGGAUGGACACAAACCCCAAGUGCAAUAUUCGGUAUGUUGGUCUCAGUAGCUGGGACAAGCAUGUGGGGUAUAGAAAUGUGAGCGUCUUGCCUCUGACCCAGAAUCAUAUAUCCCUCUGGAAACAAUUGUACUGUAGUAAACCAAGAGGAAUUCUUGAGGAGGAAUGUGAUAAGGAGAUCGAAGAUGAUAGUGGGGAUUACGAGAAGUGGGGGCUGGAGAAUUUUCUUGAGAGCUGGGAACUGUCUGAUGUGUAUUUCAUUGUCGGAGAUGAGGAAAGGCUUUUUCCGGCUCACAAGAUCAUCUUGGCGGCAUGUGGGAAUUUUAAUUUGAGUUCUUCAGGUCAGGACGUGAUGUAUCUUCGAGAUGUGGAAUAUAGUAUCCUCCGUUCUCUGCUCCAGUAUAUAUACACAGGACAUACCCAGAUUGCAGAACCGCAACUCGAUUCCCUAAAGAUGCUGGCCCUGCAAUUUGAAGUGAUGCCUUUGGUGAAACAGUGCGAGGACAUUCUGGAGCGGUUUAAACUAAACAAAAAGGUGUUUGACUCGGGCAAGAAGGUGGAAUUAUCCUACCCAAGAUGCCAGCCCCAUGGUAUGGCAUUUCCCUCUGGGCUCCCACUUCACUUGCAGAAGCUCAGAGAUUUCCGAUUAAGUGGUGAAUACAGUGAUGUUAACAUCUAUAUAGAGGGUCUUGGUCUAGCUGUUCGAUCUCAUAAAGUUAUUCUCAGUUUGUGGAGUGUCCCCUUUGCAAAGAUGUUCACAAAUGGAAUGAGUGAGAGCAUUUCCUCAGAGAUCUUCUUAAGGGAUGUUUCCCAACAAGCAUUCAACGCUAUGCUUGAUUUCAUGUACUGUGGAGAACUGAACAUGGAGGAUGAUACUAACUCAGGGACCUUGUUGCUCGAGCUUCUCUUGCUAGGCGAUCAGUUUGGGAUCACCCUCCUCCAUCAAGAAUGCUGCAAAGUGCUUCUAGAAUGCCUAUCAGAGGACACAGUUUGUCCAAUUCUUCGAGCUAUUUCGUCGCUUCCAUCUUGUAAGCUUGUCGAAGAAACAUGUGAGAGAUAUGUUUCGAUGCACUUCGAUUACUGUACCACCGCCAGCAAUGGUUUCGUCUUGAUGGAUGAGCCCAAUUUUAGCCAUGUCAUUCAGCAUCCUGAUAUGACAGUAACGUCUGAGGAGAGAGUUCUUAAUGCAAUUCUUAUGUGGUGCUUGAAAGCAAAGAAACUAAUCGGGUGGGAAGAAGUGGAUGAACAGUUAAUGUUUUCGCCUCCGGAAUUCCUUUUUGGAGAUAGGCUUCAAUAUCUUGAUGGUCUUUUGCCUUUCGUGCGAUUUGGCUUAUUUCCCCUUGCCCUCCUUAAGAAGAUGGAGAAAAGCAAUCUCAGCGGGCAUUUCCUAGUUUUUGAUGAACUGGUGAAGGGGGCCCUCAAUUACGUAGAACGUGGAUUUGUGGAAGUUGGAAACAAUUCAAGAUUUCAACAUCGGAGGUCGAGUUUCAGGGAGCUCCAAUACAUUUGUGAUGGGGACAGCAAUGGAGUUCUCUACUUUGCAGGAACAUCGUACGGGGAACAUCAGUGGGUCAACCCCGUGGUGGCCAAGAGGAUCACUAUCACUGCCAGUAGUCCCAUUUCAAGAUUUACUGACCCAAAAGCUUUGGCCUCAAGAACUUAUCAGGGUACGUCAUUUGCUGGGCCUCGAAUAGAGAAUGGGCGCAACUCCACGUGGUGGAUGGUUGAUCUUGGUCAAGAUCAUCAGCUAAUGUGCAACUAUUAUACCCUGAGGCAGGACGGGUCGAAGGCCUACAUAAGAUCCUGGAAGCUUCAGGGGUCGAUGGACGGGAAAUCAUGGACAGACCUAAGAGCUCACGAGAACGACCAGACCAUGUGCAAUCCCAGGCAGUUUGCUUCGUGGCCGGUAACCGGCCCGAGCGCUCUCCUCCCAUUCAGAUACUUCCGAGUCGUCCUCACAGGUCCCACCACGGACGCCUCCAACCCGUGGAACUUCUGUAUCUGCUUCUUGGAGCUGUAUGGUUACUUCCACUGAACCAGAACCAGUCUGGGCAAGAGAAUAAGCACUUCCAUGGAAGAACCUGUAGAGAUUAUGGUUUGAGUCGAAUAAGGAAGCCAUGGCUAAUGCAGUGAUGAUUCAGUAACGGUGGUAAUAAGGAAGCCAUGAAAGUCAAAUCUUCAGUUCUCAAGUUCUAUAACAUCCGGAAGGAGAGCUCGACGAAAGUUCUUCCAUGGGUUCGCUGAUACCGGAAAGUUACCUUGUUCUACGAUCGAGUGAAUAAGUGAAAAACGAAAGUAUCAAACGCACUUCAUAUGUGAAAUCGGAAUUACUAAAUGCUCUUCAAAUGUCCAUUAUUUUUCA